AUGAGGCUCAGCACAUUUGGGGCCGUCCACAGACUCGUCCAGUUCCGGGAACCAGUACCCGACGGUGGUGACGGCACCGUGCUCGGACACCAACUGAGUGUCUCCGGUGUUGUACAACAGAAACGCACCCGUUCCAUACUUGGACACGAUGUUGGCCUCGUCCUCAGAAAGAACGUGUCUAUUGUAUCCGAUCUCCUUGAGGUCUCGAAGCUCGAAGGUUCCAAAAUUGUGACUGCUUGGCACGAUUUCCGGCAAAUGCAUUUUGUUCGGGUCAACUCCCCAGAACUCGAGCAACUGCUCGUCGUAGUUUUUGGUCUGCAAGUUCAUGAAACUGGUUCUAGAGGCGUUGGUGAUGUCGGUCAUGAACGACUUCUCCCGCGUGAUAUUGUAGAUGAGCCAAGUGUCGACGGUACCGAACAUCAAAUCACCUUCGCCGCUCUCGUACGCAUUUCUAAUCAACGGCACGUUCUGGUACAGCCAGGUCCACUUCAAGGCCGAGAACCGGGCUCUGGGAAGGAGAGAGUCGGACCCGCAUGGUGGUCUUCUUCGACCUUGACGUGGCCUCCUUCUCCGAUAUCCAAAGGAAUACCUUCGUUGGAGAAAAUAGUGGGGGAAUUCCGUUUCGACCCCUCUUUCGCCGACGUCGAAUAUUCGAUUUGGUGUUUUGUCACUUCUUCACCAGAAUCGGUGAACAAAAUCACCCUCGUGGAUGUCGUACCUAUGUCAAUGGAACAGAUAAGAGGAACGCUUGUCAUGGACAACGGAUAA